AUGGCGGCGGUAUCUACUGCCGCCCUUACACCGCCUUCCUCAUCUCAUGGCACGUCGACUGGGGGUGACUGGAACUUUAGCGUUCCUAUAGAUGGGGUAUGUUAAAAGAAAACAAAGGCCGCGGCACCUCCGGGUCGACGCGUCGCUCAAUUCAUGUCCGAUGCUGAGCCACGACUAACCUUCUUAUUCACAGACCGAUACCCCGGAUCCCACUCUACGGGAACACCACCCAAACACUUCAAUGCUUCACCGUAGCGCUGCGGAUGGCCGGACAUCGAAGGAACUCCAUCACGUGCAACAUGCCAAGAAUGUCGCGCCGAUGCCAACGAUUACCCCAACCGCCCCAAAUGUGUACGGCCCUCAGCAAGAAUACCAGUACUCCUCGGGGGAUGAAAACUACCAUACCUAUAGUGCAGUCCAGGCUCCCGACCAUGAUAACGGACCGGCAUCUCCGGAAUACCUAGCCGCACCCCGAGCCCCGGCGCUGCAACGCCAGGACUCCACCGUUUCUUCAAAUCAUGAUGGCGACUCGGUCUUCGAUUUGUACGGGGGGAGACACUCAGCUGUCAGUGGUAUGAGUGCUGGUUCAUAUGGACGGAGGAGCUCUGGGGAAGAAGGGCCCCUUGGCUUGAUGAACGGUAACGGUGACCCUGCGGUGGACGAGGUGGAAGCAGACUCCUCCAACUGGAUCCACAGUGACAAGCUUGCGGAGAUAGAAGCUGUCGAUUCGGGGAGUGGGGUCAAGGCCAAGGGCAAGGGCGGGACGGACACUUCGAGAUGGAUUGAUCGGGACAAAUUGGCCAAGAUUGAAAACCAGGAGCUCCAGCAGGCGGGUAUCCGCUCGAGGGCAUCAAGUAAUGGGACAUAUAUAAGGGAAGAGAACGAAUCAUUCAGAGAUGGAAAGAAGCAGCGAGUCGCUUCUCCGUCGUCCAUGGAAGAUCGGUCGGAACAACAGUACGAUCCUGAGGGAUUUAGCUUCGAUUUUAGAACACCAGAAGAGCAGGCUGCAGACGACACCCCGAUCCAAGCAAUGCCCUCUCGCCAGUUUCGCAGGCAUCCUUCUUAUUCCAGGAUACCGGUUCCGACAUCUUCACCAUGCCCCAUACCCCAAGGCUACAUAGAACGUAGCACUCCUCUCCUGCGGAACUCGCUCACGCCCAAUGGGUCCGAGGAUGACAGAGCUAGCCUUUCAAGUACGUACCGCCGUGCUCGUAAGCGCUCCCAUUCAGCUGGCUCGGCAUUCCUCCUCCACGAUCAGGAGCCAGCAACCCCGACACCAGGUCCCCUGUCCAACCCGAAGAACCCCAGCAGAUCGCCCAUGUCAUCCGGAAAUCGCAGAACCUCUCGGACUCCCUCCCAGCUCCGGAAGGACCGGUCGCGUUCUAACCCUCAGCUUCACAAUCGCCCGGGUACGUCUGCAUCGCAUGGAACACACACGGGCAGUGCCGGGUCGCAAGCCUCAGCGGGCAAGCACCACCCCGAGGGACCCCCUCCCUGGUCCCUCCAAAGCUACAAGCCAGAUCCUAGUUUGCCUCCGGAUCAGCAGAUUAUACCCACGGUCGCCAAGCGUAUGCAGCAGGAGCAGUGGGAGAGAGACGGUGCAUAUGCUAGCGUUUAUGACCGCGAACUCAGGCCCCUCAAGGUUCCCUCGGAUCCAAACCUGGAUAGCGAGAAUGGGAAAAGUGGAGAAAUGGGUGAACCUGAGUGGCCAUUAAGAAGCCCGGCCCUGCAACCCGAGCCGCCGGCAGAGAAGCCAAAGUCGGAUGCCGGGUAUAGGAUAGUGCCUACGGUAAGUGCAAAUUUGGUAUUCUACUUUUUGCUUGCCAUGUUGGCCUGGGGAGUGUUGGAGGGGAGGGUCAUUCUUUAG